GUCGCUCGAGCUCAUUUGCCUAUAGUUGCUCACUGAACGCUGCUGUCGGAGAUUGUAUGCGUGCUUUUUACUUCAUGGGAUAACGUUGUUUAGUUAUCUGUCAUAGUAGAUGUAGGCAAAGGUUGCAUAACAAUGCCUUACUUAAGCACAGAAGAGACUGUGAAGGAGCUGAAGAGGGCUCUCUCCAACCCCAACAUUCAGUCUGACCGACUCCGCUACAGGAACUACAUCAUGCGUGUAAUCAGAUCAAUGACACAGGGCCUGGAUGUCUCCGCUCUCUUCAUGGACAUGGUGAAGGCCAGUGCCACGGUGGACAUUGUCCAGAAGAAACUGGUCUACCUGUACAUGUGCACCUACGCCAGCCUCAAACCAGACUUGGCUCUGCUGGCCAUCAACACGCUCCGCAAGGACUGCGCCGAUCCCAACCCCAUGGUGCGAGGCCUGGCCUUGAGGAACAUGUGCAACUUCAGGAUGCCAGGAAUGACUGAAUACAUACACCAGCCUAUCCUGACAGGACUCAAGGACAAAGCUUCCUAUGUGAGGAGAGUGGCUGUGCUCGGCUGUGCUAAGAUGCAGAGUCUACAGCCCAAUGCUGAAAUUGAUGCCACUAUUGUGAAUGAACUGUACGGCCUGCUGAGGGAUCCUGACCCUGUGGUGAUGGUGAACUGCCUCCGUGCACUUGAGGAGAUCCUCAAGCACGAGGGCGGUGUGGUCAUCAACAAACCCAUCGCCCACCACCUCCUCAACAGACUAAAGGAGCUGGAUAGUUGGGCUCAGGGCGAGGUCCUCACCUUCCUGCUGCGCUACAAGCCUCGGGGCGAAGACGAGCUCUUCGACAUGCUCAGCCUGCUGGACGGGCUGCUGCACAGCAGCCACGCCCCCGUCAUGGCUGCCACGCUCCGGCUCUUCCUGCAGCUGGCUGCCCCCCAUCCAGCGGUGCAGGCCGACGCCCUGGAGCAGGCGAGAGGCCCCCUACUGGCCACGUGUGGUUCACAGUCCCGGGAACUACGCUUUGCUGGUCUGUGCCAUGUCCAACAGGUGCUGAGAAGCCAGCCGGCCCAGUUUGGGGUGCACUACAAGCGCUUCUUCUGUGGCUACUCGGAGCCAGCCUACAUCAAGUUCCGCAAGAUGGAGAUCCUGGUGGAGCUGGUGAACGACGAGAAUGUGGGGCUGGUGCUGGAGGAGCUGAGGGGCUACUGCACAGACGUGUCCCCGGAGCUCGCCCAGGCCGCCAUCGCUGCCAUAGGCCGCAUUGGGCGAACAUACAGCGAGAAAUGUCUGGACAUCCUCACAGGACUUUUGGGGUUGAAACAAGAGCACAUCACGUCUGCGGUGGUGCAGACUUUCAGGGACCUGGUGUGGCUUUGUCCCCAGAGCACAGCUACUGUGUGCCAGGCCGUUGAGGGUUGUGAGGAGAGCCUGCAGGAUAGCGAGGGGAAACAAGCUUUGCUCUGGCUUCUGGGUAUGCAUGGAGGCCAGAUCAGCAAUGCCCCAUACGUGCUCGAGAGCCACAUUGACGGACUGAAGACUGAAAUGUCCUCUGUGGUCAAGCUGGAGCUCUUGACCGCCGCUGUGCGUCUGUUUCUCCUGCGACCAGCUGAGACGCAGGACAUGCUCGGACGUUUGUUGCACUACUGCAUAGAAGAGGAGAGUGACAUGAACGUUCACGACCGUGCCCUUUUCUGCUACCGCCUGUUAGAGUGUGGGUUGGAGGAGACUCGACGGGUGUUUCAGGGUCCUAAGUCAGACCCCUGCAUGGGAGUACUCACGGGCUGUCCGCAGGAGCCCAUCAACAGCUGGGCCUCAAAGUUCAAUACGCUCUGGCUUCUGGGUGCUAGCGAAGUUGUCCCAGCAUCUUCUGACACGGCCGCUUCUGACCAGCCGGCCCACAGUUCCCAGGGGGAUGCCUUGGCAGAGGCUGUAGAUGAACAAUUGUCCAUCCCAGAGGAGGGACAGCAGUCCCCAGAUCUAUCCCUGGGGGCCCCGCUAUCACAUGAGGCUUUUGAGAGACACUGGCUGGAGCUCUGUGUCACCCACAGAGAGGCACUGGGCUUCCAGGGGCCCCCCUCCGCUUCGGAGAGCCUCCAGGCUGCCCUGCAGCUAGUCAAGAUUCAGACUCUGGCCUUCAGUAGGGAAAGCACAACACCCUGGAAAGCCUACCUGUACACCCAUGGCUCGGGAACUUUAAUCCUGGCAGAGCUGCUGCAAGAUGAGUCCGAGGCGGGAAACAGCAGCACCGGUCUUGUGGUGUCCUUAAAACAGCUGCCUGAAAAUAAGAUGGCUAUUCAAGAAUUUGUUUCAGUGCUGAGGACUGUGCUGCAGACUCUAACCAAAGACGGUUCUUGACCGGGGUGUGAAGUUUCAAAGAGUGACACACCACAUAGUCAUGUGGGACAUAGAUGACCACACAUAGCUGUACACAUUUGUAAAAAUGCUUAUUAACGGGUCAACAAAAUAAAUCCUUCCUAUAACUGAGGAGUCAAGUUUAAUUAAAUUAAAUCAAGUGCAGUCCCUCAUACCACAACAAAGGUUCAUGGAAGUAAGGCACAGUUGAAGUGUACAUAUGUAUUUAUGAUGUGAAAAUGAUUAAUACAUUAUUUGUGUUGACCUGUUUUUUUUAACAGUUUACCCUUCAACCUUUGACAUGGGCAAAUAGAUGCUUUAUUCCUGUGCAUAUGUGUUUCUGCAGCUUAAAGGUGCAGUAUUGUGGAUUUAGGGUGAUCUAUGAACAGAAAUGUAAUAUAUAAAUAACUCCUUUUGAAGCCAUCUGUAAAUAAAUGCAUUUCCUUUUGUUGAAGACUAAA